AUGAGCCAUUCAUUGAACUCCACGAACCUUAUAAACCCGGAGUCCCUGGGGCAGCCGCAGAACGACAGAGCCACAAAUGCAGCCAGCUCGGCUCACCAGGCGAAGGAGGGAGAUAACACGCUUCAACGACGCAAUGUGUACGUCUCUGGCCUGCCAGAAACAUUUCGUGCAGCGGAAUUCCGCGAAAUGUGUCAGACCUUUGGCCGUGUGGAGGCGUCUAAGCUGUGCAUUGACACCAAGUGCCGUCCAAUGAAGGGCUAUGGUUUUGCGCUAUUUUUUGAGGAGGCUGCAGCCGCCAAAUGUAUCAAGCAGCUGAAUGGCCAUUGGUUGGGCGGGCGAACGCUUCAGGCGCGACUCGCCGACGCCGCUGCGACGCCCGUCCCGCUCGACCCAUCAUCGGCGCACCCACCCAUCAGUCGCGUGCGGCCCUCAGCAAAGCCGCACCGCACGCCCAAUUCCAGCGUACACAGCACAGCCUGUAUGACAGACGGGCCUCUGGGCUUGACGAAGAGCAUUUCACUUUCCCCAUGCUCUAGCCAAGAACUCACACCGCCCAUCACUCCGUCGCAGGUUAACCUCACUCCGCCGCUUCUUCCCACUGGUGAAUUUGGUUGUGGCAGCAGAUACAACAACAACGCGGCUGCGGGGGCGCAACCCAUUUUAUACCAGCAAGUGCCAGUGGAGCAGCAGAUGGCUCCCCCAGUGGGCCCUCUCUCCGCGCAGCCAGGCUACCUCCCGAUGCCGCCCGCCUUUCUUCAGCCUUCCAUGAUGGGGAUGCCGGUGUACGUCACAAUGCCGCCCUGGACCAAUGCGCCCGCCGGCGUGCCGCAGCCGUUUGUUGUGCCAACCACUAUGAUGGCGUCAGGCGGGUACCCGCAGCAGUUCUAUUCCCCUGUUGUCUUCUCUCCGUAG